CUUACUUCUCAAUGCUUGCCACUACCCCGGGAUGGCAGUUUAGUAAUUAGACUCCUUCCAAUUAUUUUUCCAGAGUCAAGCUCACCCUCCGAGCCACCAACCCCCAAACCAUCUCUCUCUCUAGGCUGGUAAAACUUCAACGGCAGUAGCUACACUCACAAACAGAAAUAUAAUUAGCGGAUCGGUGAGCUGAUUAUCAUGGCCCACCCGCCUGACCACCUCUCUCUUCCCUCCCCGGUGGCUGCUCUCUCCUCUUAGAAUAAUAACAUGUAUGCCAUAAAGCCCAUUCUCUCGUUUGUAUAAUUUCCCACUUCACUACCUUCCCUAUAUUGAUGCAUUCGUUUCUCUCUCAGCUCGUCUGAAUUUACGAGGCGAGUUUGCUCUUUGUUCCUUUCACAGGUCUCUUUGAGCCAGCACCAUGGCAACUGGACAACUUUUCUCCAAAUCGACACAAGCAUUGUUCUACAAUUACAAGCAACUUCCAAUCCAACGGAUGCUUGAUUUUGACUUCCUUUGUGGGAGGGAAACACCUUCAGUUGCUGGAAUUAUAAAUCCUGGUGCCGAAGGAUUCCAGAAACUUUUUUUCGGUCAGGAGGAAAUCGCCAUUCCAGUACACUCAACCAUUGAAGCCGCCUGUGCUGCACAUCCCACUGCUGAUGUCUUCAUAAACUUUGCAUCUUUCAGAAGUGCUGCUGCUUCAUCCAUGGCUGCUCUCAAACAGCCAACUGUUAGAGUUGUGGCUAUAAUAGCUGAAGGUGUUCCCGAGUUGGACACCAAGCAGUUGAUUGCUUAUGCAAAGGCAAAUAAUAAGGUUGUCAUCGGCCCAGCUACUGUAGGAGGAAUUCAAGCUGGAGCUUUUAAGAUUGGCGACACUGCAGGAACAAUUGAUAAUAUUAUUCACUGUAAACUGUACAGACCUGGAUCUGUUGGUUUUGUCUCCAAAUCUGGUGGCAUGUCUAAUGAAUUAUACAAUUCAAUUGCUCGUGUGACAGAUGGAAUUUACGAAGGUAUUGCAAUUGGAGGAGAUGUGUUCCCGGGCUCUACCCUUUCUGAUCAUGUUCUACGGUUUAAUAACAUUCCGCAGGUUAAAAUGAUCGUUGUUCUUGGGGAACUUGGUGGAAGGGAUGAGUAUUCCCUGGUUGAAGCCCUCAAACAGGGAAAAAUUAAUAAACCAGUGGUUGCUUGGGUCAGCGGAACAUGCGCAACGCUUUUCAAGUCGGAAGUGCAAUUUGGCCAUGCGGGAGCAAAGAGUGGAGGUGAGAUGGAGUCUGCACAAGCGAAGAAUCAAGCACUUAAGGAAGCUGGAGCUGUUGUUCCCACUUCAUAUGAAGCAUUUGAAGCUGCGAUCAAAGAAACAUUUGUGAAACUGGUUGAGGAGGGCAAGAUUACACCUAUCAAGGAAGUUACACCUCCACAAAUCCCAGAGGAUCUUAACAGUGCAAUUAAGAGUGGGAAAGUGCGGGCUCCAACUCAUAUUAUUUCCACUAUCUCUGAUGAUAGAGGUGAAGAGCCAUGUUAUGGUGGUGUCCCAAUGUCCUCUAUUGUUGAACAAGGUUUUGGUGUGGGUGAUGUGAUUUCCCUAUUGUGGUUCAAACGCAGCCUUCCUCGCUACUGUACUCGUUUUAUUGAGAUUUGCAUCAUGUUAUGUGCCGACCAUGGUCCCUGUGUCUCAGGUGCUCACAACACCAUCGUAACUGCUAGGGCUGGAAAAGACCUGGUGUCCAGCCUUGUUUCAGGUUUGCUAACAAUUGGUCCCCGAUUUGGUGGAGCUAUUGAUGAUGCCGCUCGUUACUUCAAGGAUGCUUAUGACAGGGGUCUUGCGCCUUAUGAGUUUGUGGAAGGUAUGAAAAAGAAGGGCAUUCGUGUGCCAGGAAUUGGACACAGGAUCAAGAGAGGUGACAACAGAGACAAGAGAGUAGAGUUGCUGCAACGGUUUGCUCGUGACCAGUUUCCCUCGGUGAAGUACAUGGAAUACGCAGUGCAAGUUGAAACCUACACUCUCUCCAAGGCAAACAACCUAGUAAUGAACGUAGAUGGUGCUAUUGGGUCCCUCUUCUUGGACCUCCUCGCAGGCAGUGGAAUGUUCACCAAGCAAGAAAUUGACGAGAUUGUUGAGAUUGGCUACCUGAAUGGGCUUUUCGUGCUGGCCCGUUCCAUUGGUCUCAUCGGGCAUACUUUUGAUCAAAAGAGAUUGAAGCAGCCUCUAUACCGUCAUCCAUGGGAAGAUGUUCUUUACACCAAGUGAUGAGUUUCCAAAUUGCAGUGGGAACAACAAUGCUUUCCUGCUUCCAACAAGCAUUUUCAUUAGAAGUUUUCUGUACCCAAUUUGUUGUGAUGAUUGUUCAGCUGUUGGACUGGUCUUUGUAUUGAUAAUGGCAGACUGAGCACUUACAUUGUAAGCUUUGACGGAUUAUUAUAAAGAAAGGGAGUCGUGUCUACGGUAUCAAAAAAUAA